AUGAGUUUUUCUAAACCAAAUUUACCACCAACUUUACCAGUAACAAUUAAACGAGAAAAGGAUGAAAGAUUUCCUUUAUCCAAUUCGGUAUCCAUUCCCGGUAAUAACGGUAGUAUUCCACGGAAAGAUUCCAUUGGUUGGGGUGCGGAAGAUUUCUUAGGUAUAAUAUCACACACACCACCAGCAUUUUCACCUGGUAGUUUGACGAUGCCAAUGACGAAAAGAGGACGUAGUGGCAGCAUCUCAAGUCGUCUUUUAAGUGCCUCGGAUCUAGAAGAGCGUGGUUAUAUUGACAGAUAUCAAAAAGGUGUGCUUAAGGAUCUUAUUAUCAGUGGCGACGAAGCACUCCAAAAAGCUUUGGAAAAAUUUGAUGCUGGUGAUCCAAGUACACUUGAAGCCAUGUUGGAUAGUGGUGCAUUGAAUCGAAAAUCAUCGUCAAUUGAUUUAUUAGACGAUCUAGAUCUUGGGUUUUUGAAUGUUGGUUCAUUGGGUGAUACACCCAAAGACGAGUUUCAAGCGGGUGCACGUAACCAAUCACUCGAUGAAUGGGAUGAACUUGGUUUUGAUUCGUCCUUUGCAGAUGUUUCUGCUCGUGAUAUAUUAGAUGGAGAGUUUUAUAGUUCUUCUCUUGGAACUUCGUUGCCCAAUUCGUUACCAUCCAUGGGUCUUGGAAUUACUCCUCCUGCAGGUUUUAGUUUUGCUGAAGAUUUUUUGGAAAAUCAGGUAAAGAAUGAAUUAGGAUUGACUACACAAGGCAAACGAAAUGGUGCUAGUAGUAAAGCCAAUACGGGUACUACAGUAAAAACGUCAUCGGCAGCGUCGGUGUCAGAAGCGUCAAGUUUGUCAACAUCUCGUCCCAUUGGAAUUCCUGGAGCUGCUGGUGCUGGUAUUGCACGAACGUUUGGUGGGAUUAGUGGGACCAAAGCAAAAGAUGGUCAAAAGCAAAACUUUGUGGGUGCCUACUCUCCUGACUCAAGACGAAAACGGAUUGAGAAAUUUCUUGAUAAGCGGCAGAAACGAGUUUGGCGAAAAGAAGUCAAGUAUGAUGUACGCAAGAAUUUUGCCGAUUCGCGACUACGGGUGAAGGGCCGUUUUGUAAAAAAAGAGGAUGAGCAAUUACUACGUGAGUUGUUAAGCUUUACUUAA